AUGACGCUCAUUACCUCCCCCCAUGACACACUCAUCUCUGAAACACUGCUCACCUCUCCAGUCAGUUCCAACACCUCAACCACCCCGACGUCCAAGUUUGCUUUCAAGGUUGAAACCACUCCACCCACUGUGUUGGUCUAUUCGGCCACCACUGAGUGCGUGUAUCCAACGAGCUUUACAAUCACCAUCUCCCACCCCACCUCCAUCUGUGUGACCACGACGCAGGUGGCCUUCACCAGCUCUUACACCCCCACUCCCGUGACACAGAAGCCAGUGACCACCCUCACCAGGACUUACCCUAUGACCACUACCGAGAAAGGAACAUCAGCCGUGACAUCUCUCUCUACCACCUCUGCAAGGGAAACUCCCAUAGUGACAGUGACACCCUCCUCCUCUGUAAACAGUGACUUCUGUGACAACGACCACCUCCUGGCCCACAGCCACCAAUACACUGUCAUCACCCACCAACAGCUCAUACACAGCUGCCAUCACCUCAGUUCCCACAACCUUGGGUACCACGAUGACUUCUACAUCCAUGAUCCCAUCUACUCUGAGUACAGAAUCUCUAACAACAGCCAUGACUUCUACUCCCCCCAUCAGUUCUUCAAUCACUCCCACCAAUACAGUGACUUCUAUGACAACUACGACUUCUUGGCCCACAGCCACGAAUACGUUAUCAUCACUCACCAGUACCAUAGUGACUUCCACAACCAUGACCCCGUCUUCUCUGACUACAGACAUCCCUUCGACAACACCAACAACUAUCACCCACCCUUCUGUGGGCUCUACUGGCUUCCUGACUACAGGAACAGACCUCACAUCGACAUUCACUGUUUCCAGUUCCUCAGCAAUGUCCACAAGUGUCAUUCCAUCUUCCCCCAGCAUCCAGAAUACAGAAACCUCAUCCGUUGUCAGCAUGACCUCUGCCACCACUCCCAAAUCUCUCACAACAGCCAUGACUUCUACUCCUCCCAUCACUUCUUCAGUCACUCCCACCAAUACAGUGACUUCUAUGGCAAGAACGACUUCCUGGCCCACAGCCAGUCUAGACCUACAUCUGAGACCACCUACACUACUUCUCCCACUAGCACAGCCACAGACUCCACGACCGACAUCAGCUACCCCACAAAAACUGCCACGACUCCUAUCACAAGCUUGUACAACCACAACUGCCAUCUCCUCAGCUUCGCCUACCUCAGGUACCAUGGUGACUUCCACAACCAUGACCCCAUCUUCUCUGAGUACAGACAUCCCUUUGACAACACUCAGAACUAUCACCCACUCUUCUCGAGAGACCAACUCUCACAAUAUACUCCACACAACAGCUGGAUCCACCCCAUCACCCACAACCAACACCUCAUUCACAACCUUUACAACGAUGGAAACAUCUUCAUCCACUGUAGCAACUACACGCACAGAUUCCACGGUCAGAACCACCUAUUCCACCAGUAUGACCGGUACAUUGUCCACUGUGACCUCUCUCCGACCCACCUCUUUGUCUCUUCCAACCACAGUAACAGCCACAGUUCCUACAACAAACUUGGUAACCACGACCACCAAGACCACCUCACACAUACACCUAGCUACACUUCUUUGAUCACCACCACCGAGACCACCUCACACAAUACUCCCAGCUUCACUUCUUCGAUCACCACCACCGAGACCACCUCAUACAGUACUCCCAGCUUCACUUCUUCAAUCACCACCACCGAGACUACCUCACACAGUACACCCAGAUACACUUCUUUGAUCACCACCACCGAGACCACAUCCCACAGUACUCCCAGCUUCACUUCUUCAAUCACUACCAUUGAGACCACCUCACACAGUACUCCCAGCUUCACUUCUUCGAUCACCACCACCGAGACCAACUCAAACAGUACUCCCAGCUUCACUUCUUUGAUCGCCACCACUGAGACCACCUCACACAGUACUCCAAGCUUCACUUCUUUGAUCACCACCACCGAGACCACCUCACACAGUACUCCCAGCUUCACUUCUUCAAUCACCACUACUGAGACCACAUCACACAGUACUCCUGGCCUCACUUCUGUGGUCACCACCACCGAGGCAACCUCACACAUUACUCCUGGCCUCACUUCAAUCACCACCAGUGAGACCACCUUACACAGUACUCCCACCUUCACUUCUUCAAUCACCACCACCAAGACCACUUCACAAAGUACUGUCAGCUUCACUUCUUUAAUCACCACCACUGUGACGACCUCACACAGUACUCCCAGCUUCAGUUCUUCGAUCACCACCACCGAGACCACCUCACACAAUACUCCCAGCUUCACUUCUUCGAUCACCACCACCGAGACCACCUCAUACAGUACUCCCAGCUUCACUUCUUCAAUCACCACCACCGAGACUACCUCACACAGUACACCCAGAUACACUUCUUUGAUCACCACCACCGAGACCACAUCCCACAGUACUCCCAGCUUCACUUCUUCAAUCACUACCAUUGAGACCACCUCACAUAGUACUCCCAGCUUCACUUCUUCGAUCACCACCACCGAGACCAACUCAAACAGUACUCCCAGCUUCACUUCUUUGAUCGCCACCACUGAGACCACAUCCCACACUACUCCCAGCUUCACUUCUUCAAUCACCACCACUGAGAUCACAUCCCACAGUAUUCCCAGCUUCACGUCUUCGAUCAUCACCACUGAGACCACCUCACACAGUACUCCAAGCUUCACUUCUUUGAUCACCACCACCGAGACCACCUCACACAGUACUCCCAGCUUCACUUCUUCAAUCACCACUACUGAGACCACAUCACACAGUACUCCUGGCCUCACUUCUGUGGUCACCACCACCGAGGCAACCUCACACAUUACUCCUGGCCUCACUUCAAUCACCACCAGUGAGACCACCUUACACAGUACUCCCACCUUCACUUCUUCAAUCACCACCACCAAGACCACUUCACAAAGUACUGUCAGCUUCACUUCUUUAAUCACCACCACUGUGACGACCUCACACAGUACUCCCAGCUUCAGUUCUUCAAUCACCACCACCAAGACCACUUCACCCGAUACACCCAGCUUCACUUCUUCCAUCACCAACACUGAGACUACCUCACACAGUACUCCCAGCUUCACUUCUUCAACCAGCUACUCCACAGUCAGCACAUCCACAACUGCCAUCACCUCACAUUUUACUACCUCAGAGACUGGGAUGACUUCCACACCUGUAACUCCAGCUUCUCAGAGUACAGACAUCCCAACCACAACCGUACGAACUCUCACCCCCUCAUCUGUGGGAACCAGUACUUCAUUGACUACAACUACAGACCUUCCCUCUAUACCCACCGAUAUCGGUAACUUAUCAACCCCAACACGCAUCAUUUCAUCCUCUCCCUCCAUCCAAAGCACAGAAACAUCAUCCCUUGUGGGCACAACCUCUCCCACCAUGUCCACUGUGAGAACGACCCUCAGAAGUACUGAGAACACCCCAACCACUUCCUUUAGCACAAGUAUUGUUGUUACACCUGAAACCGCAACACAGACCCCUCCUGUACUGACGUCUGCCACUGGGACCCAAACAUCUCCUGUACCUACUACUGUCAACUUUGGAAGUACAGAUUUCUCCACGUCCACUCUUCACACUCUUACUCCAUCAACAGCCUUGAGCACGAUCAUGUCAACAUCACAGGUUCCCAUUCCUAGCACACGUUCCUCCACCCUUCAAACAAGUGCUUCUACUCCCUCAUUGCAAACUUCACUCACAUCUACUAGUAAGUUCACUACAGAAUCUUUCACUAGGGGAAGUACAUCUACAAAUGCAAUCUUGACUUCUUUUAGUACCAUCAUCUGGUCCUCAACACACACUAUCAUGUCCUCUUCUCCAUCUUCCGCCAGCAUAACUCCAUUGUUCUCUACCACCACUCAUUCUGUUCCUUCUUCAGCAUACACUUUCAGUACAGAAAAUGUGGGCUCCUCUUCUAUCACAGCCUUUCCUACUCUCUCUUCCUCUGCAACCACCAGCACUUCUCCAACCAGCUCCUCUCUGACCACAGCUCUCACUGAAAUAACCCCGUUUUCUUAUAUUUCCCUUCCCUCCACCACACCCUGUCCAGAAACUAUAACAAUUACCAUAGUCCCUGCCUCUCCCACUGAUCUGUGUGUUGAAAUGGAUUCCAGCACUGAAGCUACUUCUCCUCCCACCACCCCAUUAGCAGUGCUUCCCUUUACUACCGAAAUGGUCACCUGUCCUAGCUCCAUCAGUAUGCAAACUACCCUUGCUACAUAUAUGGACACUUCUUCCAUGACGCCAGAAAGUGAGUCCAGCAUCACAACGAAUGCUUCCAGUUCCACUGGCACUGGGACUGUACCCACAAACACGGUUUUCACAAGUACUGAAAUGCCCACCAGUGAGACCUGGUUGAGCACCAUCUCUGUGAUCCCUCCACAUCUUCCUGGCGUCUCUACCGUCCCGCUCACCACGAAACCAAGCAGUAGCCUUCCGACCAUCCUGAGGACUUCAAGCAAGUCAGCACACUCCUCCCCAUCCACCACCAGGACUUCAGAGACACCAGUGGCCACUACCCAGACUCCUACCACCCUUACGUCGCGCAGGACAACUCCCACCACUUCUCAGACGACCACACAGUCAACGUUGACUACCACUGCAGGUUGGACCUUCUGCACCUGUGACAAUGGUGGCACCUGGGAACAGGGCCAGUGUGCUUGCCGUCCGGGGUUCUCUGGGGACCGCUGUCAGUUCCAGAUCAGUUGCCGCAACGGGGGUCAGUGGGAUGGCCUCAAGUGCCAGUGCCCCAGCACCUUCUAUGGUUCCCGUUGUGAGUUUGCUGUGGAACAGGUGGAUCUAGAUGUAGUGGAGACUGAGGUGGACAUGGAAGUGUCUGUCGAUCAGGAGUUCUCGCCGGACCUCAAUGACAACACUUCUCAGGCCUACAGGGAUUUCAACAAGACCUUCUGGAAUCAGAUGCAGAAGAUUUUUGCAGGCAUGCGGGGCUUCACCUUCAAGGGUGUGGAGAUCCUGUCCCUGAGCUGCUACUCCACGGACACGUACUGGUUCUCCGGCCCGCGCUGCGAGGUGGCCAUCCACUGGAGGGCGCUGGUCGGGGGCCUGACGGCGGGCGCCGCGCUGCUGCUGCUGCUGCUACUAGCGCUGGGUGUCUGGGCAGUGCGCUCCGGACUGUGGAGCUGCCAGUACCUAGACCGGUCCUGGGACCAGGACAGGAAAUGGUUCGAGACCUGGGAUGAGGAAGUCGUGGGCACUUUUUCAAACUGGGGUUUCGAGGUCGACGGAACAGACAAGGAUGAAAAUUUCCGUGUGGCCUUGGAGAACGUGGACACCACUAUGAAGGUGCACAUCAAGAGACCCGAGAUGACCUCAUCCUCAGUGUGAGCCCUGCGGGCCCCGUCACCAUCCCCUCUGCCCUGCCCGGGACACAAGGCUCUGCACUGCGUCCAUUUCAAGUGGUGGCCCCAGAACGGGAGCAGCCCAGGCACCUGCUGUUCUUGGGCAAAAUGAGACUGUUCCCCCAAAUCCCAUCCUUGUCUUUCCAACUUGGCUGAAACCCACCAGGAGACACAGUUCAGGUGCAGGCUCUUCCACUGUGGAACCUUGGGCAAGUCAGUAAGGAGCCUCAGUUUCCUCACCUGCAAAAUGGGUACAACAUUCCUGUGUGAUAUCUCACACCAUUGUUGUGUAAACCACAUGGACUUGGUCAAUUCUGGGUCCUACUCUGCCCUCCCGUCUCAGCCCUCAUGUUGCCAUUGCCUCUCUCGGAUCCUCCAAUCCUCAUGUCCUUCGCCUGGUCUCCGGCCCUGGUUCCUAUUUUCUCUCAAUUCCCUACUGCCUGUUUCUUACUUUGAACCUGGAGGCAGCCUGCAGCCCAUCCCAUCUCCUGUCCUCUCCUGAUCUAACUCCCUGCUGUGUCUCUUGCUCUCAUUCCUUAGAUGUCCUCUCCUUCUGACCGUUCCUUCAAGCAUCCUGCCCCCCAGUCCCCCAGCCCUAAAUCCUCCCUCCUCUCCUCACAUCCUGGUCCCUAGCAAGGUAUAGAUAGCCUCUGUGUCUUAGGGUACCCCAGCUGCUGUUCCCCCCAUCACCCCGUUGCUCAAUUCCCUGUUUCUCUUGCUCUCAUUCCUUGUAUCUUCUCCCCUUCUGAGCCAGUCCAUUAGUUGGUUCUGCCCCCCACUCCCCCUGCCCUAAAUACCCCAGCUGCUGUUCCCCCCAUCACCCUGCUGCCCGAUUCUUUAUUCUCCACCUCUUUCUCUCACCCCUGGAGCCCCCUCGGUGGUUCAGGGCAUGAAUUCCCCAGUCCCCAAGGAAAGGCAGCCCCCUCAGUCCCCCUCCUCCUCACUCCCUUCGAUCUUUCUCCCCUCUCACCUCACCACUGCCUUUUAAACCCAUCCCCUCCCUUUUCCUUCCUCCGUCCCUCUCUCCCUGAUGUCACCUCGAUUGAUUCCUGAUUCCUGCCAUAACUCUGAGUCCUGAAAUCCUCAAUCUCCUUGGCAGCGAAGAUCGGCUUCGGGGACCGGAAGUCGGCACAUCUCCAGAUCUCCAUGUGAACACAAUAUAGAGUUUACU